GUCCUCCUGGAACUAAGAUGAUGGUGGCGACAGACAAGGUUGCAGGGAAGCUGAGCUCCACUCUCUCAUGGGUGAAGAACACGGUAUCGCACAGAGUCAGUCAAAUGGCCAGCCAGGUGGCAAGUCCAUCUGCCUCGUUACACACUACAUCCUCCUCUACCACGCUGUCCACGCCAGCGUUAUCACCAUCGUCACCGACACAGCUGAGUCCAGAUGACUUGGAAUUACUGGCUAAGCUUGAAGAACAGAACAGACUUUUGGAGACUGAUAGCAAAUCUUUGCGAUCAGUAAAUGGCUCAAGAAGAAAUAGUGGAUCUUCUCUUGUGUCUAGUUCAUCGGCUUCUAGUAAUCUCAGCCAUCUUGAAGAAGACUCAUGGAUCCUGUGGGGAAGGAUUGUAAAUGAAUGGGAAGACGUACGGAAAAAGAAAGAAAAGCAAGUUAAGGAGCUCGUUCGAAAGGGGAUACCUCAUCACUUCCGAGCCAUCGUGUGGCAGCUCCUGUGCAGUGCCCAGAGCAUGUCCAUUAAGGAUCAGUAUUCGGAGCUCUUGAAAAUGACCUCUCCUUGUGAGAAACUAAUAAGAAGGGACAUUGCUAGAACAUACCCUGAACAUGAUUUUUUUAAAGAAAAAGACAGCCUUGGACAGGAGGUUUUAUUUAAUGUAAUGAAGGCUUACUCUUUAGUGGAUCGUGAGGUUGGAUACUGUCAAGGAAGUGCUUUUAUAGUGGGAUUAUUGCUUAUGCAGAUGCCAGAAGAAGAGGCAUUUUGUGUGUUUGUUAAAUUAAUGCAAGAUUACCGACUACGAGAGCUGUUUAAACCGAGCAUGGCUGAGCUGGGCCUUUGUAUGUACCAGUUUGAAUGCAUGAUACAGGAGCAUCUUCCAGAGCUUUAUGUGCACUUUCAGUCUCAGAGUUUCCACACUUCUAUGUAUGCAUCAUCAUGGUUUUUAACUAUAUUUCUUACAACUUUUCCACUACCAAUUGCAACAAGAAUAUUUGAUAUCUUUAUGUCUGAGGGUUUAGAGAUAGUAUUUCGAGUAGGUUUAGCAGUUCUUCAGAUGAACCAAGCAGAGUUACUGCAACUUGACAUGGAGGGAAUGUUACAGCACUUUCAAAAGGUCAUUCCACAUCAGUUUGACAGUGGUCCAGACAAAUUAAUCCAAGCAUCUUACCAAGUCAAAUACAAUGCAAAAAAGAUGAAAAAGUUAGAAAAGGAAUACACUACAAUAAAAACAAAAGAAAUGGAAGAACAAGUUGAAAUUAAAAGGUUACGAACUGAAAACAGACUUUUGAAACAGCGCAUCGAAACAUUAGAAAAAGAAAGUGCUUCCUUGGCAGAUAGAUUGAUACAGGGACAAGUGACAAGAGCCCAGGAGGCUGAGGAAAACUACCUCAUAAAACGGGAGCUGGCCACCAUCAAACAGCAGAGUGAUGAGGCCAUUACUAAACUGGAGCAAGCUGAGAAAACCAUCAGGGAGCUCCAGCAGCAGCAGCAAUGGCAUAAAUGCAGUUCACGAUACAGUGAAGACUUUGUGCUACAGCUGGAAAAAGAGUUGGUCCAAGCCAGACUGAGUGAAGCUGAACAUCACUGUGCCCUGAAGGAGAUGCAAGAUAAAGUUCUAGAGAUGGAAAAGAGGAACAGCUCUUUACCUGAUGAAGAAAAUGUUGCUAGAUUACAAGAAGAACUGAUUGCUGUAAAACUAAGGGAAGCAGAAGCUCUGAUGGGUCUCAAAGAACUAAGGCAGCAAGUCAAAGACUUGGAGGAACACUGGCAGCGUCAUCUAGCUCGCACAACUGGAAGAUGGAAAGAUCCUCCCAGAAAAAACACCGUGAAUGAGCUCCAGGAUGAGCUCAUGACAGUGCGACUGAGAGAAGCAGAAACUCAAGCAGAACUCAGAGAGAUCAAACAAAGAAUGAUGGAGAUGGAAACACAGAAUCAGAUCAACAGUAACCACUUACGGAGGGCGGAACAAGAGGUUACCAACCUUCAGGAAAAAGUACAGUGUCUUUCUGCACAGAACAAGGGACUUCUUGCUCAGCUGAGUGAAGCAAAACGAAGGCAGGCAGAGAUUGAAUGCAAGAGCAAAGAAGAAGUGAUGGCAGCAAGGCUCCGUGAGGCAGACCGCAUUGCAGCUAUGGCUGAGCUCCAGCAGCAUGUUGCUGAAUUAGAAAUCCAGAAAGAAGAAGGAAAAAUUCAAGGACAGCUUAAUAAAUCUGACUCUAACCAGUAUAUCAGAGAACUGAAAGAUCAGAUAGCUGAGCUGCAUCAUGAGGUAAGUGAUAAAAUUCUACUGUCUUUGAGCACUUGCACCUUUUGUCAGAUCUUUUAAGCAU